ACCUUGAAGAAGAAAUUGUUCUUAGAAAUAAUUGGAUCACAGAUGAUAAUAUAAAAGAAAUUAAAUGUCUUAAUAACUAUACAUAUCUCUUCAGAAAUGAAGAAGACAAAUCAACUACGCUCAAAAAUUUUAUGUGUGACUGCUACCAGGCUUCGAUUGAUAACAUAGCAAAAAUAGCCUGUGAGGAGUCCAUAG